UAAACGUUUGGUUUAGAGGACACAAAAAUGAUAUUUUUCUAAAGAGUGAAGUCAGAUUUUGUAGGAUUUUAAUCAGGAAAAAACUGGCUCUUUCAGCAUAAAAGCAUGCAGACUUUAAUUUUAGCUCCAGUAGAAUCUGGAUUAUAAAAGUAAAUCCCAUAAACAUGGAGUUUGAAUCCCUUUGAGUGGAUUAAAGUUUACCUGCUUUGGAGAGUCAACGUUUUGGUUGGUUUCAGCUGAAAUUAUUGAAAGAUUUUGGGUCUGGAGGAAAAGAGGAGCAGAAACUAGAGCCUGAUGACAACCAGAUGACAGCGUGAAGACGGAGGAGGAGGAGGAGGAUGGAGAGCGUGAAUGUAAGUGAGGAAGAGCGGCGGCGGGACAGUGUAGCACGAGGCUGCAGGUGGAGAGUCCAGCACAAACCCUGACCCUCAUCAGGUCGCCAUGGUUACCCUGAAGGUCCUGCUGAGGUUCGGACUCCUCUGCUGCUGCCUCCGGACGUGUGCGUCCCGAUGCCGCACGAGAACGCUGUUUCCAGCUGCAAGCAGAGUGAAACGAGAGUCCGUGGUGGUAAAUCCGACCUUCUGCAGCUCCAGGAGCGACGCCCGGCUGCUGUUUGAGAUUCUGAUGGCUGACAUUCACUUUGGUCCAACCGGAGCGUUCUCAGUGGCGGACACGGAACUGUCGUCCCUUCGAAAGACGAAACAUCUGGACGUCAUUUGCGAGGAGAUCAUUCCCAAAACCCUACCGGACAUUCUGAGGCUGGUCUCAGAGCUUUCACAUCACCGAGGACACCUGCACCAGGAGGACUUUGAGCGCACGCUCAUGACGUUGGUGUUCGCCUCUCAGAAAAUGGUGAAUUCAGCCGAAGAGCACCAGAGGGAAGCGUGGGCUCAGUCUGUCACUGGCUUGUUCAGAGCUCUCAAAACGGAUCUGACUCUGACCGACUGACCGACUGAGCUGCUGAUCUCAUCCUGGAGUUUAAUCUGCACUCAUAGACGUUUGCUGUUCAGUGUUGUUGGUUUACACUCUCAG